AUGUGGUCUGCAAACAUGCCUGCCAUCAUUUCGAGUGGGCAGUAUGCUUCCACCCCUGUCCUCCUGUCACACACUGAGAGUUCUGCUGCUCCCCUCCUCCCUCUUGAAGAGGGCCAAGAAGCCGAGGCUGGCCAGCCGCAUUACAGUGUCCCUGAUGUUGCACCAGUCACUGAAGGAGAACUCGACACCGCACGCAUCUCAGUCUGCGUGUUGGUGCCUGACUACGUCAAUGAAGUCUUUGAAAUUGACACGAAUGUCUCCAGAGGAGAGGAACACCUCCAACAGGUCAUAGCCGAAGCCAGAACUGGUGUCCAGAUGCAGUACUUUCCGUUUGUUGCUGCCGUCCCCCGCCAGAGCAUUCCAGAUACGCUGAUAUAUCUUGCAUACCCUCUCUGGGGGAGAGGACUCUGCACCACCUGCUUUGACCUUAUUCGGUUUGAUGGACGACUGUUUGCACAGCGCCUUCCGCCCACAGUUGACCGAUAUGUUCUACUGCAGGCAGCAGGUCUUGCAGGCGGCGCUGAGGUCGAUGUGUUUUGCCCUUCUCAUGCAGGGCCCUUGCCCGAAGGAGCCGAGGUCGAGUUUCAGCCGGGGCAAACUGUUACCUUCCUCCCCAAGGGGAACCCUCAUGAUCCUGCUCUCGCGCUACUUGCUGAUGACACAAAUGCCUGUGGUGACAUUUCCUUCGGUGUCGUCUCUGACCUGUCGGUCAGUCACUUCUGCCUUCGAGCAGAACGCUCUGUAUUCUACCGCUCCGACUUAGCAAGUCGCCAUGGACUCAGACUUCCACACCUUGUCGUGACUCCCGCCAGGCCUCGCUGCACGGAUGUUGCCAUUCAGGGAAGACCGUGUCGCACUGUCGUUGCAGUUGGAGAACAGGAGGACCCCCAAGACUCCAUCGAAACCAUCGGCUUCAUAGAUGGUCGCCCCAUGAUGCAGGGCUGGAUCCGUAUCCUCACCAGGUCUGACUGGCUCCCUUUGGCUCCGCUUAGAAAUGGACUUAUGCAGUCUGCUCCAGCAGGGUGGCAGGUUGCUUUCAUUGGCUGCCCUAGACAUUGGGACUGGGUUUGGUUUGCAUCAGGACAAGUCAUCGUUGCCUACCUUGAACCUGCACAUCCUGAUACCCCACGGUCUCAGCAAUCCGGGGACUCCACAGCAGUUCCAGACUCAGACAAUGACGGCUCCCCUGCCACUUUUGGUGGGGGAGGUGGCACAGCUCCGACUUGGGGCGAGUGGCCUGUGCAGUUCAACUCCCUGCUUGGCCAGACCAUUGUCGCGUUGAACAUGUGCAGGUUCUCCUUGGUCCUGAUCGUGCAGCAGGGGAGUGAUGGACCUGUCCCGGUGUUGCUUACCGACCACAUCCCCAAGGCCGUCACCCACGACCUGACCGCUGUCACUAUGCCCUCCCCUUGCGCCAUAGAUGAUGUUGCGUCUCUCCUUGCAUCUGCCUGGACCCCGCCGGGCACCUUACCACCGGACUUGAAGAUACAUCCUGCCACUGCUGCAGCACUAGCCAGUCACAUUCCUGCUGACGACAGCUCUGCACCCAGUCUCCAGCAACUUGCCAUCUAUACCGACGGCUCCUUCGAUGGAACCGGCAGCAGUUGGGCCUUUGUAGUCCUUGCACACACCAACCAUGGGUGCAUGAUGUCCUCAGUGAACAUCAUGGUCUUGCAAUUGAACACGUCAGAGGCCAUGCAGGUCUACUGCGAGCUUAGUGACUUCCGGGUUCUCCACUGGUCCCCUAGAAUGCUCUUCGUUCGCUUUGCAAAAGGCUUAUUGAGCUUUAUGAUCUUUGGCUACCUUCCACCUUUGGCGUCUGCCAUGAAGGGUGCGUCGCGAGUGCUCUAUGAUGUUGACUUCGGGCAGUCCGGUCGUCUCUUCGAUUCGAUCGUCGUCGUAUGCAACAGCCUGAGUCACAAGAGCUCCUUCGUGAAAUCUGCGAGUCAAUUCCCGAAGUUCCAUGGAGCACUGGGGACCUUUUUCUCUGACACAACGUGGUCGUUGCGCCAGCAACGCGUCUGGCUACGUCGACGGGCACACCAAGCGAGUGCCUUCCUGGCAAGUUCUGCACUGCAAUGGGCAUACAUUGCGUGGCGUCGAGCGGUGCCAUUGUCUGUUGUUGCAAGAAAGGGCUGUGCCUCGGUUCUACUUCACCUUGCACGGCUUCAGCAUGCAGUCAAAGAACUUCAGACUAUCAAGCCUGCCUUUCGCCGUACGCUCUGUCAAGACCGCAAAAAGUACCUCUCCGAGGUCGCAAACACCGCAUGUGUCUCCUCCACACGUGACGUUGUUGCUAAGCUGCGUCCUCUCAUAGGCCCACCCCGCAGAAAGCAGAAGGGACCCGCCCCUCUCCCUGCCAUUCGUCUAGAGUCUGGUGACUUUGCUGAGUCACCACACGAGGCCACCGCGCGCUGGCUCCGGCACUUCAGUGAAGCCGAGCAUGGCGGCCCGAUCACUCCUGAGGUGUUGAUUCGCCGAUGCCAGACAAGGCAAGCUGCUGCUAAUCUUGAGGACCUCGAAGUCCAGACCUCCGAGUUGCCCUCAAGAGCCGACCUUGAGACCGCCAUGCGUGCCGCCAAAGCCGAUAGAGCAGUUGGCAACGACAUAUUGCCUGCAGAGUUGUGGAAGGUCCAAGCACCCAUCCUGUCGCGCGUCAUGUACCCUUUGCUGUUGAAGAUAGCGUUUCGACUUGAGGAACCACUGCAGCUUAAAGGUGGGUCCAUGUUCCAUAUAUGGAAAGCCAAGGGACCACAAGAUGCAUGUGCAAGCUACCGCGGAAUCCUCGUUUCCAGCGCCUUUAGCAAAUGUGUCCACGGCGCGUUCCGAACCAAAUGCAACCAGUGGUUUAACGCACUGGCAACUCCCUUACAAAUUGGAGGACGCAAAGGUUUUCCGGUCCAGCUCGCAGCGCAUGCAGCACGAUCCUUCCAACAGGCCGCAUUGGCCAAGGGAUACAGCGCUGCGAUCGUUUUCUUAGACCUUCGUGAGGCCUUCCAUAAGGUCGCGAGACCCCUUGUGCAUGGUGGCGACCUUAGCGAUGACCAUAUAUCCAAAGUCCUUGCUGCAUUCCACAUUCCCCCGGCAGGGAUGGAAUCGCUCCGAGAAUACGUCCGUCAGUCUGCCCUUAUACGGGAUGCCGGCGCUUCGGACUGGGCUGCAGCACUCAUGCGUGAAUUUCAUACUGACACCUGGUUCAGUAUAGACGACCAAUUAGCAGCCGUCUCUGCUGGCACUCGCCCAGGCGAUUCUCUGGCGGACGUCGUGUUUUCCUUUCUCUUUUCCUCUGUCCUCAGGAGGGUUCGCGACGCCAUCCUCGCAGAGGACAUUUCUGUCAGCCUUCCCUGGCAUCCUUCCUGGGCCCGGGACCUUGAAGCCACUCACCCUCCUGCUGGAGAGCUUGCCCCUAUCGAUGUGUCUUGGAUGGACGACCUUGCACUGUUGAUCUGGGAUACAUGUCCACAUAGACUGCUGGACAGUGUGAGGAAGGCUGCAGAAAUCCUCUUGGACGAGUGUGUGAAGGCCCUGUUAUAUCCUAACCUGGAUCCCGGGAAAACUGAGGCCAUUGUUUCGCUUGUUGGCAAGGACUCCAGGAAGUUACGGGCACAGCUUUUUCGGUCUUCCGUUGCUAGUCUGGACUUGUCUCCCAGAGUGCACCCAGCUGCCGCUCUACGUCUUGUCCCACAGUACCGCCACCUUGGCGGAAUCUUGCACUGGAAGGGUGCUCUCCGCUUUGAGAUCAGAUCCCGACUAGGGCAAGCAUGGCAGGCUUUCAAGAAGCACCGGCGUGCGAUUUUCGCAUCUCCUGUGGUGUCGCACCGAGAAAAAGCUUUGCUGUUUCAGUCGCUUGUUAUGUCAGCCAUGCUUUUCGGGGCCGGAACAUGGGUCUACAGGGAUGCUCGGGAAGUUGAGGCCAUCGUAGGAGCACAGCUGACAAUGGCCAGACAAAUGUUGCGUCCCUCCUAUGAUUGGGAAUCGGCGCUUCACCUGGGCUCGGGACUUGUUCUCGCUACUGCUCGCCUAUCCACCAUUGCAGACGAACUGCACGCAGCACGUCUCCGACACCUUGCCAUCCUUGUUGCGAGGGCUCCGGAUGAAUUUUGGGCCAUCCUUCACUUUGACCGGCAGUGGUUACAGAUGACAAGCGCCUCCCUUGAGUGGUUGCGGGAGUCCCUCCAACAUGGAGGACAAGACACCGUUGACAUAGCUGACUGGCCCGGUACCCUCCAACAGCUCUCCCAGCAACCACGACGUUGGAAACGCCGGAUUUCUGUUGCGUUGCAUGUUCGUCGUCUUGUCGACGUUUGGAAAGCAGAGGUCACGCAUUUCCACGGCCUCCUCCUUCGGGCUCUGCUUUCUGCUGGUGCUUUUGCGGCUGAUGGAGAGCGAACUGCCAGUUCAGUUAGUGAACUUUGUGGGCCAUGCAACAAGGUCUUCACUGACUUGCGUUGUUGGAGCCACCAUGCUUUCAAGUGCCACGGUCGCCUCCGUGAGGCCCGGCUGUAUGCUUCCGGUACACAGUGUGGCACUUGCCUCCGCCAUUUUGCCUCCAACUUCAAGCUGAGCAACCAUCUAGAGUACAGUACAGAGUGUCUUGCCGCACUUGUUGCGCGUGGUGCUCGGUCCGAGAUUCAACCAGGUCGCAACAGCAAGAAAUUUCGGACUGGUGAUGAGAUCAUGUGCCCAGUAAUCACAGCUGAAGGUCCAGCUUGCCUUGUUCCGCCUGCAGCGUUCAUUCCAGAGCCCCAGAGAGCAGACCCGCAAAUCCUGCAAGACCUUGAAGACUUGUUUGCACAUCCGUGCGAGGUCACCACUCUUACUGAACUCCUUCAGAUUGUUCGAGGCAUUUUCCAACGGGUCUGUCUGCAACGUUCCCGACUGCAGGCCACAGCUGCGGCUUGGCGCCGUGAACUUGCACAUAAUGAAGAUGUGUCUGUCAUGUGGUCGGCAUGGCAUGUCCAAAUUGCUGAUUUCCUCUGUCAGACAGACAUUGUUGAGUGGCUCUCUCAUGAGGCUCAAGGGAGUGUGUCGGGACACUCCACCUUCCGGGAUUCUGCCGCAAUGCUUUCCCGGCUCUCCUUCGAUUUUGUAUCCCUUCCACCCAGCACCAGCACGGUACAUGAUGCAGUUACAUUUUGUGCUGCCAGCCCCAAAAUUCAGGGCAAUCCUGUGCCAGACUGGUGGCAACAUACCGAGCACGCUCGGUUCAUUGCAGAUCCCAAGCUUUUCCGCGUCAAGGAGUGGUGUGCUGAUUCGAAAGCCGUCAUCCGUGGAUUUUGUUUGGGAGGUCUCCUCUCUGACCUUUCUGCCCCAAUGCCUCUCCGAUCCUUUCGUCGCCUUGAACCUCAGCUGCAUCGCCUCCGCCUCUUUGCAGACAUCAUUCGCGGCAUUGUAGAGCUUUGGCUUUCAGGCCGGCCUGCGUUCAUCCUCUGCCCUGCCAUUGUCUGUCCUGGACUUGAUGCGAUCAGCCGGCUAUCGCGAUUUCAGUGUGAGAAGCAUGGACUUCGGAUUCUCUCCAACUUUCCCGACGUUGGUGAGCUCCUCCGAUUUGUUUCACCCUAA